UGUCCAUUUUUCCAUUGUGUGAUUUAAUCUUUAUAAAAUUAUACAAUUAUUCACUACUUUUUGUAGACUGAUGGAUUGAAAUUCAACGUUGAUCAAAGAGUCGAUGAAAUGACCAAUAAAUCCAGUAUUAUAUUUAAAUGUGAAGAUGUACCACUACCAAUAAAUACUGAAUAUCAUUACAUACAGAUAAUACAAACAACAAGUUCUACUAAUGAUGUAUCAAGCUACAAUGAAUAUAUUGAGUUGACAACCACCUAUACCAAUGAAAUACCAUGUGUAAAUCUACCAUUUAGAGAGGCUGUUAAUUACAAGAUUUAUAGACUAUCUCUGUCUGGUAAUAAAUAUCAUGUGACUAAAACUUCUGACCAAUCACAGUUCAUUACUUAUAAUUCAAAAGAUAAUGUUCACCGAUUCCAUGAUAUGGCACUGUCAUUUAUAAGGUAUUCAGGUACCAUGCCAAUUCCUUACUUAUAUCGUAACAAACCAAGUUCCCACCCUACUAUAAUAGCAGUUAAAGAAACAGGAAUUAUGACCAAAUAUGACAAAGACAACAAUGGAGACCAAGCCUCUAGUAUUAACCAUAAUAUUAAAGGGUUAUUCUUCAGUGCUUCAAUGGACAAAGAUACCGGACAGCCACAGACAUGGAGCUUUUUUGGUGAUUAUCGAAUCUUGAUUCCACCUGAACAUCUACUACCAGGACUAAAUCUGUAUUUUGCUGAUUUUUAUUGUAAUCAAAAAGCACAUUAUGUAACCUUGGUAUUAACCAAGCCUGGUAGUGUAGAAGAUGUCUACUGUAAACCUAGACUUAUCGAACUUGAUAUUAACAAUAAUAAAUUCUUGUAUUAUGAUCGGGGAUUUUAUUAUACAACCUCUGAGAGGAAUUUAUGGGUAGAAGUAUUAUAUACUGAAGAUGUACAUGUUGAUGAUAUGUCAUCAGUUGAUAAGUUGUCAGAAAAAACAACAUCUGUUAAAGGUAAACAGGGUCAAAGUAAACCAGAUGGCAUUCCAAAAAACAAAUUGUGUGAAACAUGUAAUCUUCCUAAAAGGCCAUACUAGUAGAUUCACAUUAUUCUUAAUUAAUAGUAGAUCUUUUUCAUGCAACAAAUAUAAAAUUGUACCGGUAUUAUUUCUAGAAAAACACUUGACAAAUUGUAUUUUAUUAUAUUUAUAUGAGUUCUUUUCAUAUAUAUGAGUAAUUAUUUCUAGAUUCAUACUGUUUCUACAAUACUUUUUGAGACAAACAUAUAGUAAUUUUUAUUUCAAUGUAACUUAGGAGAAUUUCAUUGAUUGUGUUGUUAAACCCCAUUUCAUUUCAUUGAUUGUGACAGUGCUUUAUCAGCUAGAUAGAUCAACAAAUAUACUUGUAAUUUGAAUUAUUUUCUGUUUUAAGGUGAUUUCUAAAGGCAAUACUAAUAUUAUGACUGAUCACAUAUAAUUUCAUAAGUUGGCUUUCAGAAAGUGACAGAACCCAGAACCCUCACUCUUUCCACUUGCAUGACAACCACACAGUGCUCUUACCUUGUAUGUUUUUAUACAGCCCUUUCUUCUAAUAUCCCAUAACUAUAACAAAAAAAAUUAAGACAAUUAUAUUAUACCACAAAAUAUUGAAAAUUAUAUAUUUCAUGAUAGUUUGAUGGUUUUUGAUCAGUCCAAUUAAGAAUUUUGAUCAUAUAAAAUGACCACAUCAUAUUAUUGAUGCUUUUGGGGCCAUUUAAUUUUGCACGUAAGUACUGUACAUGUAUGCUUUGAAAACAGAAAAGCAAGUAAUUCUGUUUUUAGUUUUGUUAUCUAUCCUUAUGUGAACAAAAUAUCGGUUUUGUCCUAAGAUUAUUAACUACUUACUCUGUAAUUGCAUACUAGAAUCCAGACUAAUAGAAAUUUUGGUCUUAUAAUUGAAUAAAAUUGGAUAACAUCUGCUAUAAGCUUGCUAUCAUAUUUUGAUUGGCUUAUGGCAUAUUGAUAAUGUCCAAAUUCUUAUUUGAGUGGAGCAAUUUCUGGGAUCAUUUUGAAAUGACUACAUAUUUUGAGCUGAAACUUUCAGAAACGGUAACUACAUGUAGCUAGACUGUUAUGUUCUUGAGUUAAAUUUAGAAAUCUGAAACCCAUUUGUAUCAACAGAUACUUUGUAAAAUAUGUCCCUGCUUCUUUACCAUAAUCGUCUUCACAGUUUGAAAAUAAAAUCAAACCUUUAUGUGAGAAUCCAUAGAUCCUGAUCCAACAAAUUCAGCAAACGGGUGAAAAUCUAGAGCACGAAUUCCUGCUGUAUGUCCAGUUAAUGUUCUCAUUACUACAAUACAGAAAUCAAUCAACAUUAGUUAACAUGAAAGAAAUAUAUCACUUUCCCAAUAAAGGUAAUUACACAUGUAACUGUACUAUAUUUCAUUUCGAGGUAUAUUUUACCUUCAGAAAAGAUUGUGUGUCAAUUGCAGACAACCAUGUUCAAUAUAUAAAUCAUAUGAUGAAAUGAUUAGUUUUAAUUUAAUUUCGAAUUUCUGUUUGUUUUUAAAGGCUGAUUAAAAUAAAAUCAUGGAUAUCACAAAAACUAGGCUGUGACUAGAGCUUGGAGAUAUUUUGAUUUUUAAUGAAAAAUCACUUUUUUUUUUAGAUUGUUCUCUUUUCAUCUCAUGCAAAAUGUAGACUUAUCAUGCAUG